CAAACACGGCCAGCUGAGAUACACAGUUAUGUUUUCUGGGCUCAAAACGUGACCAUACUGUGGACACAAUAUCUUUACAUUUCUGAGCUUCGCCGUGAGUUUGGUGAAGGCAGCCGUGAUCCGGUGAUAUUGACGCAAAGGACGCCGCCUCGGCCACAUGACGCGCACCCUUUCUGCCACAAGCACACAUUAACACUAUUGAAGCCUACAUAGCUCGUGACAAAGGGAAGGAAAUGUCAACACACAAUACAUUUAAUAUGGUGAAGCGCCUAGGCUGUACAGCAUCAUGAUAAGAAAACGAAAAACUUGCUUCCCUAUAGUGAAAAUGUGAUUUUCCGUGUCCAAAUACACUAUAGUGCGCAUACCCAAUGAAUGUGCGGCAUACCCGAAGCAAGGCGCACGAAUAGUACCUGUGUAAGAGUCCUUGAUGGAGGCGUACACGGUGGUGGGGCGGAUCGGCGAGGGCGCGCACGGGGUGGUGGUGCGGGCCCGACACAACCUGACGGGGCGGCUGGUGGCGCUGAAGAAGGUUCCGCUGCGGAGGCUGGACCACGGGAUGCCCACCACGGCGCUCAGGGAGAUCAAGGCGCUGCAGCAGAUCAACUCACAGCAUGUGAUGCGGCUGCUGGAGGUGUUUGCUGACGGGGCGGGCUUCGUGCUGGCCUUCGAACUGAUGCUGGGCGACCUGGGCGAGAUGCUGAGGGACGCGUCGAGGCCCCUCACUCGCGCCCACGUCAAGACCUACAUGACCAUGCUGCUCUCGGGCGUCGCCUUCCUGCACAAACACAACAUAAUGCAUAGAGACCUGAAACCCGCCAACCUGCUGAUCAGUGAGAAGGGGCAGCUCAAGAUAGCAGACCUGGGGCUGUGUCGGGUGUUCUCGCGACAGGGGAAGAGGCUCUACUCCCACCAGGUGGCGACGCGGUGGUACAGGGCGCCGGAGCUGCUGUACGGGGCGCGCCAGUACCGGGAGGGCGUGGACCUGUGGGCAGUGGGCUGUAUCUUCGCCGAGAUGAUCAACAACUGCCCGCUCUUCCCCGGCGAGAGUGACAUCGACCAGCUGUGUGUGGUGCUACAGGUGCUGGGCACGCCCUCGGAGGCCACCUGGCCCGGCCUGGCCCAGCUGCCAGACUACAGGAAGAUCACCUUCCCGGAGUGCCAGCCCGUGCCCCUCAGCCAGGUGCUGCCCGAGGCCUCGCCGGACGCCCUCGACCUGGUGAAGAAGUUCCUCAUUUACUGGUCGGAGAAGAGGAUUCCUGCCGCCCAGGCGCUGCAACACCCCUACUUCUUCACGCCCCCCGCCCCCUGCCCGAGGUCCCAGAUGCCCCUGCCGCCCCUGGAGAAGCCGCCGCCGCCCGCAACUCAGGAGUACACCACCAACUUCCCCCUCAGCGCCCUGGCCCACGCCCUGCACGCCCACCUCGACCCCGCCAUGUGAGGGCUGGGGGAGGGGCUGGCGAGGGGUCUGAAAGGCAUUAAAGACUUGCCAACCAUAUCAAUUCACGUGUCUUUGACCUAAGAAAUUAAUGUCAGAUGCCAUAUACAUUAGGAUAGACGAUGGGUACCUGGCACAGUGGAUUGCAUGUCUAUCUACGAAUCAGUGGGCACGGGUUCGAUACCAGGCUCGAAGCAUUAA